AGUUACUCCUAAAACACAAAGACUGGGAAGAGGGUUAACUCCGUACUUGCGGAACAACAAGAACCCUAGUUCGUUUAUUUUCCCCCUUUCUUGUUCCCGCAAUCCUCAGCAUAUUGUGUUCGCUACAUCCUUCACUGCAAUCUUCUUCGUACUUAACUAGGGUGUAUCAGGAAAAUGUCGGAAUACCAGGACGAUCCUGAGACAAAUGGUUCGUCGCCUCAGCCUCAAGAAAAUGAUCAUGGUGGCCUAGAUGAAAACAACUCCAAAUCUCGGCAUGGUUCUCGUGAUUAUGAGAGGGGCUCUUCAAAAAGUAGAGAAAGGGACCGUGAGAAGGUACGAGAUCGAGACAGGGAUAGAGACAAGGAUAGGGACAAGGAAAGGGAUAGGGACAGGGAACGGGAAAGAGACAAAGACAGGACUCGUGAUCGCGAUCGUGAUCGUGAUAGAGAUCGUCAUAGAGAUCGGCAUAGGGAUAGGAGUGAUAGAGGUGAUCGCCACAAAGAUAGAGAGGCUGAUGAUGAUUAUCAUAAAAGUCGAGAUCGUGACAGGCGGAGAGAUUCUGAUCGUGAUAGGGAUGAAAAACACAGAUCUCGUUCAAGGGCAAGAUCUGAGCACAGAUCAAGGUCUCGAUCUCGUUCUCGCUCCAAAAGCAAAAGGAUAAGCGGGUUUGACAUGGCACCUCCUGCUUCUGCAAUGUUAACUUCAGCUGCAGCCUUUACAAGUCAGAUUCCUGGAGCAGCUCCAACAAUCCCUGGAAUGUUCCCAAAUAUGUUACAGCUGACUCCUGGACAGCCACUAGGACCUCUUCCUAUUAUGCCUAUGCAAGCCAUGACUCAGCAGGCUACUCGACAUGCUCGACGAGUAUACGUUGGUGGACUUCCUCCUUCAGCUAAUGAACAGUCUGUGGCGACCUUUUUUAGCCAUGUUAUGGCCGCAAUUGGGGGAAAUACUGCUGGACCAGGUGACGCUGUUGUGAAUGUUUAUAUAAAUCACGAAAAGAAGUUUGCUUUUGUUGAGAUGAGGUCUGUGGAGGAAGCAAGCAAUGCUAUGGCCUUAGAUGGUAUCAUAUUUGAGGGUACACCUGUUAAGGUGAGAAGACCUAGUGACUACAAUCCAAGCCUUGCUGCAACCCUUGGUCCCAGUCAGCCCAAUCCAAAUCUGAACUUGGCUGCUGUUGGACUAACACCUGGGUCAGCUGGUGGGCUCGAGGGCCCAGAUCGUAUUUUUGUUGGUGGGCUACCUUACUACUUAACUGAACCACAGAUUCGGGAAUUAUUAGAAUCUUUUGGGCCCCUUCGUGGUUUUGAUCUCGUGAAGGACAGAGAAACUGGGAACUCAAAGGGCUAUGCCUUUUGUGUUUACAAUGAUCCUUCGGUCACUGAUGUAGCUUGUGCAGCUUUGAAUGGAAUUAAAAUGGGUGAUAAAACACUCACAGUAAGACGUGCUAAUCAGGGAGCAGUCCAACCUAAGCCCGAGCAAGAGAUUGUAUUGCAGCAUGCACAACAGCAGAUUCUGUUGCAGAAGCUCAUGUUUCAACCUGGAGCACUCCCUACCAAGGUUGUUUGUUUAACCGAAGUGGUUACUGCGGACGAUCUUAAAGACGAUGACGAGUAUCAAGAUAUAAUGGUAGACAUGAAAGAGGAGGGUGAAAAGUUUGGCUCUCUGGUGAAGGUUGUCAUCCCACGACCAGGACCAAAUGGAGAACUUUUACCUGGAGUUGGAAAGGUGUUUCUAGAAUAUGCUGACACGGAGAGUUCCUCCAGAGCAAGGGCGGGAAUGAAUGGAAGGAAAUUUGGCGGAAGCCAAGUGGUUGCGGUGUUUUAUCCCGAACAUAAAUUUGAGGAGGGUGUCUAUGAUGGAUAGAGGGGUUUAUUGUAGGCAACGUAACGUAGGUGGAUUUAUUUACAUUUGACCUUUGUAGUAGUAUCGGAAUGUCGAUAUCCAAAUGCGAAAUGUUUGUUACAAAUAAUACAAUUUAACUGACUGUAUUAGAUUUAUAUUAGUGCUUGAUUGUUUGAAA